AUGAGCUCCUCGGGCAAUGGCCACCUUGAGCCUGGUGAGCACACCGCGCUGUUGGGUCACAUUGGACAUCGGUCUUCUUCCGUCUCCGGCCUCACGCCGCAUGAGCAGACCGAGCAUGGCAGCCAUCAUCACCAUCUAAAGGAUGACCGUGUCUGGGUGCGCUGGCCGCUGCAUGUCGCGCGUCUGACCUGGUUGACCCUGGUGCGCGACUACGUGAACGUCCUGUUGAUCUUUGUGCCCUUGGGCAUCAUCGCCGGGGUCCUCCAUUGGGACUCGAGCGCCAUCUUUGUGCUCAAUUUCUUGGCUAUCGUUCCGCUUGCUUCGCUGCUGAGUUUUGCGACGGAGGAGCUUGCGGCUACGAUGGGUCAGGCCCUGGGCGGUCUGAUGAACGCCACAUUUGGCAAUGCUGUUGAAUUGAUUGUUAGCAUCAUUGCCCUCAAGGACCGCCAGAUUCGUGUCGUCCAGGCCAGCAUGCUGGGCAGUAUUCUUUCCAAUAUUCUCUUGGUUUUGGGCUGCUGCUUUUUGGUCGGCGGUCUCCGUCACAGCGAGCAGUCCUUCAACAGCACUGUGGCCUCCACGAUGUCAUCCCUGAUGGCGGUGGCAUCUGCUUCGCUAAUCAUCCCGGCCACUCUUUACGCUGCCCUGUCGCAGUCCGAGAAAAGCGCACGCGAUAACAUCCUGACUUUGUCCCACGGCACGUCCAUAAUUUUGCUCAUCAUCUACGUGAUGUACCUCUACUUCCAACUCCGCUCCCACGCCUACCUCUUCGAAGAAUGCAAUGACGCAGAGAACUCCAACGGCGGUGGUGAGGAGGAGGAGGAGGAGGAGGAAGAGGAGCGCCUGCUCAACCCAUGGGCCGCUACGGUGGUACUGAUCGUCGUGACCAUUCUGGUGGCGAUCUGUGCCGAUUACCUGGUCGGCAGCAUUGACAGCAUCGUGAAGAAGACGGGCAUGAGCAAGACCUUCAUCGGCCUGGUGCUGAUCCCAAUCGUCGGCAACGCCGCCGAACACGUUACCGCAGUGGUGGUUGCAUACAAGGAUAAGAUGGAUCUCGCGAUCGGGGUUGCGAUCGGCAGUAGUCUGCAGAUUGCACUCUUUGUCACACCUUUCCUGGUCAUCCUAGGCUGGAUCAUGGACAUCGAAAUGACCUUGCAUUUCCAGACCUUCGAGACUGUUGCGUUCUUUAUUUCUGGGUUGGUCGUGACUCUGCUGAUCCAGGAUGGAAAGUCGAAUUACCUGGAGGGUGGCAUGUGCCUGGGAAUGUACUUAAUACUAGCCCUGGCAUUCUAUGUCUACCCCGACGACGUCAGCGACGGUGCUGGUAUCUUCAGCAAGCUGUUAAAUUGA